AUGAAAGUCGAGAUCGACUCCUUCUCGGGUCGCAAGAUCUACCCGUCCAAGGGCAAGCUCUAUGUCCGUGGUGACUCCAAGGUAUUCCGCUUUUCGACAUCCAAGUCGUCUUCCCUUUUCUUGCAACGCAAGAACCCCCGUAAGAUCGCAUGGACGAUUGGUCUUGCCGAGGAGACGGUCAAGAAGCGGUCGCGCAAGACCGUGAAGCAUCAGCGUGGAAUUGUUGGUGCUGAUUUGGCUGCCAUCCAGGCUAAGCGCAACCAGUCUGCGGCAGAGAGGGAAAAGGCCCGCGCGGAUGCAAUUGCAAAGGCCAAGGCAGACAAGAAGAAGAAAGAGGAUGCGAAAACUAAGGUCAAGCCUGCUGCGCGCACCCCUGCUACGGCUCCCAAGGUAUCAAAGCAACAAAUGAAAGGCGGGAAGGGUGGCCGAUGA